AUGCACUCUCCCCCCCAAAAAACCUCUCUAGCAAUACCCACCAAACUGAGCAUGUGCAGAGUGACUCCACACACGAUAUGUCUUAUCAGGAGAUAAGAGGGGGACAGAAAAAGAAGGGGGAGGAUCAGAGAAGUUAGUUUCAAACAGCAUUUUUGCACAAUGCAGAGGAUUAACCCCUUAGGUUUCACAGUAAGUAUAACAAGCAUGCUUUACUACCAGGGGCGGACUGACCAUUUGGAAACCUGGGCACUGCCCGAGGGCCCGGGGUCAGUAGGGGGCCCC